CAUCGCUUCCAACUUCACAACUUACGUGUGCUGUCCGAGGCAAUGGUCUUGUGAAUUCCCACUUUCCUCUGAGUAAUUGCGCGUUGCUCUUUGUCGCUCGUUACAUUUCCACCAGCCCGCACCGCAAACUCAAUAGUCAGACAACAUGCCUCAUUCAACGAGCUCGGGUUCCUAUGCCCGAGACUCCUCCGUUCCACGAUCCAACGCCAAGCAUCCGGAUGAUCACGAAAGCGAUUCUGGGUCCGGCCUCGAGAAGUUCCCAGAUCAUGUCGAUUCUCCCGCAAUGCGCGCGAAUGGUGCAAGGUCCAUCAGUCCUGGACUAAAUGCAUAUGGCAUCGGGUUGAGUGGAGGAGCUCAUAUAAAUGGAGAUCGCUGGCAACCAAGAAGGGACCUUUCUGCAACAAGAGGUGUGCGAUGGGGUUCUCCGUUGGGACCGUCGGCUGGUCUUUCUCGAGGUCAUGGACGACAGAAGAGCAUUAGUGAAGCCUUCAAUACUAUCAGGGCAAGAAAUGGCAGCGUCAGCCAGAACGCCCAUGAAUUAGCAGAUGCGCUGCGGGCACCUAUCUCCCCAAAGCUCAUUAUUCUGUGUAUAAUGUGGUAUAUGUCCUCUGCCUUGACGAAUACGUCUUCCAAGUCUAUCCUAAACGCCUUCGAUAAACCUGCCACCUUGACUAUGAUCCAAUUCUUUCUAGUCGCCUUCUAUUGUAUAACCUCUUCGUGGUUAGCGACUGUAUUUCCGUCUUUGCGAAAUUCGAUCCCUGCAUUAAAGAAUCCUAUACGACAGCCUUCAAGGGAUGUCAUUAUGACUACACUCCCCCUUGCUGCGUUCCAGAUAGGUGGUCAUCUCCUUAGUUCGACGGCGACCUCCAAGAUACCUGUCUCUAUGGUCCACACCGUCAAGGGACUUUCACCACUAUUCACCGUCUUCGCCUAUCGAUUCAUCUUUGAUAUACGUUAUCCGAGAGCGACUUAUUUCUCCUUGAUACCACUCACUCUUGGAGUUAUGCUCGCCUGUUCUUCGAAACACACGUUCAAGGGAGAAUUGCUAGGACUUAUAUAUGCGCUCCUGGCAACUAUUAUCUUCGUCACCCAGAACAUCUUCUCUAAGAGGCUAUUUAAUGAGGCUGCUAAGGCAGAGGCGGAUGGUCAAUCAGCAAAAUCCCGCAAGCUCGACAAGUUAAAUCUGUUGUGCUAUUCAUCCGGACUUGCCUUCCUCCUGACGUCCCCUAUCUGGUUUUGGAGCGAAGGCGUUGGCCUCAUCAGAGACGUGUAUCAUGAUGGUUCAGUGGAUCUCUCGUCGCACCCAAACAGUUUUGAUCACGGGCGUUUGGCGAUUGAGUUCCUAUUCAACGGUACUUUUCACUUUGGGCAGAACAUCCUAGCCUUCAUUCUGCUCUCUUUAGUAUCGCCUGUCACCUACUCGGUUGCGUCACUUAUCAAGCGCGUGUGGGUCAUCAUGGUCGCGAUUUUGUGGUUCCGCAACCCUACAACUCCGAUUCAGGCCGUGGGUAUUGCGCUGACAUUUUUCGGUCUUUACUUGUACGACCGGACAAAUGAUAGCAACAAGGCCGAUCGCCGUGCACGUCUCCUGAGCCAAAGUGCAGGAGGAAAUCAACCACUACUACCACUGAACACCAGCCAAGCAGCAAUUGGCUCUUCUACUCAAACUCAACAGGUCUUCGCAAGUCCGGUACCAGUUUCUAAUGGAUCGACACCUCAUCCAUAUACUAAUGGGUACACCUCUCAAGCCAGUUCCGGGCCAGAAGACUUAAAGAAGAGCGAUGAUGCCGGUAAGGGCCGGCAAAGGGGAAGCAGCAAUGCAGCUUGGUUGCCGCCCGGUACUAAGCAAGAGGAGACUUGGAGGUACCAAGAUAGAAUUAGUGCUCGAUAAUUGUAGACUC